CAGUGUUCAUUGGUUCACACACAGGAAGCUGUAGCUGCAAAAACUACAGGCGUUGCAUGUUUACUGUGUUGGUAUUAUUCCCACCAUAUUUCUAGAAUUAGUGUGUGUGCGGAGACAACCAUGGAAGCCAAGUUAAAGAAAGAGUUGGGGACUAGCAUCCUGAAGCCGACUGGACACUCAGGAGGUGGAUGCAUCAGCGAGGGCCAGAGUUAUGAUACUGACACUGGGAGAGUGUUUGUGAAGAUAAAUCACAAGAGCGAGGCCAAACGGAUGUUUGAUGGGGAAAUGGCCAGUUUGGAAGCCAUUUACAAGACAGCAACAGUAAAAGUUCCAAAGCCUGUAAAGGUGAUUCAACUUGACACAGGAGGGAGUGUGAUUGUGAUGGAACAUCUGGAUAUGUCAGGUCUUAGCAAGUACUCAAAACACUUGGGAGACCAGCUGGCAGAUCUGCAUCUUCACAACAAGAAGCAGUUGGAAAAAUUUAAUAAAGAGCAGCAGACAGUGGGAAAAGGAGCUGGAGAGGUAGAGGUGGAACCUGUGGACAAAUUUGGUUUUGGAGUAACCACAUGCUGUGGCUAUUUACCACAAGAAAAUGAGUGGCAGGAUGACUGGGUGACAUUUUAUGCCAGACAGAGGCUGCAAGUUCAGCUUAACAUGGUGGAGAAGACUUAUGGAGACAGGGAAUCCAGAGAACUUUGGGCCCAACUACAGCUGAAGAUCCCUCAGUUUUUCACAGAUGUGGAAAUUGUCCCUGCUCUACUUCAUGGAGACUUAUGGAGUGGUAACGUGGCUCAGUGUGCAGACGGCCCAGUCAUCUUUGACCCUGCUUCCUUCUACGGCCAUUCAGAGUUUGAGCUUGGAAUUGCAGGGAUGUUUGGUGGCUUCAACAGUUCGUUUUACUCUGCGUACCAUGACAAGAUUCCUAAGGCACCAGGUUUUGCACAGAGAAAUCAGCUUUACCAACUCUUCCACUAUCUGAAUCACUGGAACCACUUUGGUGGUGGAUACAGAGGCUCUUCCAUAAAGAUAAUGAAGAAUCUGCUGAAGUAACUGCACUUAGAACCACUAACACAGUCUUAAAAGGAAGCUAUGUAUUAGUGGCAGAUGAUAAUUUGACCAAUAUUAGUUCUGCAGAUUAUUUAACAAUCCAAGUAUUACAGUCUGAUAUUGCACUACCUACUAUAUUGUAUAGAGACUACAAUUCACUAAGACCAUGAACAUACACAGCAAUAAGUCUACUCAGUCUGCUCCACUUAUAAACAUUUGCUACCAUCAAAACAACAACCUGAUCUGUAUUACUCACUUAGUAUCUUAAAUUUAAAAACUAAAUGAGGUGUAGUGUUUUUUAAUUAUAUUUUUUCUACAGUAACUUCUAUUUAUAUUUUUCAACAUUUCCAACUAUAUCAUUCUUUUCUUUUGCCUGUGUUUGACCAGCAGACAAAUGAAUUAUACUGUUGUGUAAAGAUCAGACUUGACAGUGAAUGAGAACAUUGUAUGCUUUAGCUAUAAGAGCUUAACUGAUGUGUCAUAUUGACUGAAUAACUACAUACACCUACAAAAGCUUGCUGUGUAAUAAUAAAUCCUUGCAGUAUUUGGUUUCACACUUAACCAACAAUAAAUCCCAAGAUGUUGCAAAGUG